AUGGCCGACUCGGAGUAUACCGAUGACGAGACAGAAUAUGGUGGUCCUUCGCACUCUCAGGCUGUCGUCAUGGACGCGCUCCUGACGCCUUUCCGCGCGUUGGUAUCCAAGACCGCCCUCCGCAUAUACCUCAACAUUAUCCUGUUCUCUGGAGCUACGUUAUUGCUUCUGGGAAUUUCGGGCAUUGCAUAUGCAAUCUUCUACUUCAGAUUCAUCCCCACGGUCGGGGUGGACCGUGAAAUCCACCUGCAAUUUGGUGAUCUCAACCUUUGGGGAACCGCAUCCUUCGAGUCCGAGUUUGUCUCUUCUCAGCCCUACGAUGUGUCUGUGGCACUCGAUCUCCCUCGUACGCCUUCGAAUCUCGAGGUUGGCAACUUCAUGAUCGACCUCACCCUCUAUGCACCCGAAACCGCAUCCGUUCUUCCAACGACGACCAACUCACAGAAUAAGAUCUCGCAAUCGCGCCGACCGGCGAUCCUGACAUAUACUUCACCGCUUGUGGAUCUUGCGCGGAGACUAGUUCGCUUGCCGCUGUACGUGUUGGGUUGGCGCCGCGAAGCUGAGACACUAGAAGUGUCGAUGAUGGAAAAGAUGGAAUUUGCGCGAGGCGCCCGGAACCGACCGCAGAGCUUGCGGCUUGAAAUUCAUAGCGACAGAAAGAUGCAGAUCUACUCGGCGCGUGUUGAGUUCCGUGCGAGACUUACAGGUCUACGGUGGUUCAUGUACCGCUGGAAGUUGACUUCCUUUGUUGUGUUUAGUUCCUUGUUCUGGACUGUCUCUAUGGCCUCUGCAAGCCUAACAUGGUUCCUCUUGACCUGGGUCCUGAAAUCCGAGACACCGAAAAACGAGAUCAAGGAGGAAGAAGAGCUCCCCGAGGCAAUCAAGGAAGAGCUCGGGGAGGAUAGCUCAUCCAGCGAACCCAUCAAAAAGGUCAAGAAGGAAGAACCCGACACCAGCUUGCUUCAAAGCUAUCCUGUCGAGGGCGAUUAUGCAGGUAUCGGCUCUGGACGGGAAAGUGCAGAAGCACGAGGGGUCACCAACGACGACGGCCCGCCGUCGAACCAGUCGUCGCCCUAUGUUCAUUCCCUCGUCCACUCGCUCCAAGCCGCUGGCCACACAGUCUCCGUCGUUCUGCCUCACCAGCAGCGCUCAUGGAUCGGUAAGGCGCAUAUUGUCGGCGCAUCCGUGAAACCUACGUAUUUCCGCCCCGGUACUCUGCAUCAGGAAGAUGGGACGAUACACCACUUGCCGAAGGGCAGCAAUGGCGAGCCCGAUGAAGGCGGCGACGAAUGGAUCCUGAUUGAUUCGACCCCGGCAAGCUGUGUCCAGAUCGGCCUCUACCACUACUUCCAGGAAAAGGGUCCGAUUGACGUGGUGGUAUCCGGUCCAAACUAUGGCCGCAAUACUACGGCGCUCUUUGCCCUGUCCAGUGGAACCAUUGGCGCUGCGAUGGAGGGUGCCGUGUGCGGGAAGCGUUCGAUUGCUUUAUCGUAUGCCUUCAGUUCCCGAAACCAUGACCCGGUAAUCAUCGCAGAGGCAUCCAAGCACUCUGUCAAGGUGAUUGAAUAUCUCUGCGCUAAUUGGACUGAGGGUGUCGAUCUCUACAGCGUCAAUGUCCCCCUGGAGCCUGGUGUGAGCCAAAACAAGGUUCUCUACACCGCAAUGCUAGAGAACAAGUGGACUUCUGGCAGCUGCUUCGAACCUGCUGACCCCGCUACUGGCGAUGAUCCCGAGCUUCAAGAACAGCGGCUGCGCGACCAGGGCGAGAUGACCGGAAAGAAGCCCGAUCCAACUGAGAGCACGACUGAUAAGCCAGUUGGGCAACCUAGGAUCAAGCACAAACACUUUAAAUGGGCGCCUAACUUCCAGGAUGUGUAUCGCAGUGUUGAGGAGGGUCCUGCUGGGAAUGACGGCUGGGUCGUCAAGGAGCAGAUGACCAGUGUCACGCCUCUCAAAGCGAGUUUCAAGCAUAUGCCCGGUAUCACGGGAGAGAUCAAGCUAUCAGAUAACCAGCCAACAAUAUUCUCCGUUGUUGACUGCGACGUUCCCUACGUGCAAGCUCUCGUUGAGCGAGCACUAACCCACCGUCUUGGAGAUGCUGUUUCCACCAAGCGCAUCUCAGAUCUAUCUGAACUGCCCGAUCCUUCUGCACCUGUAUUCCAGUAUCGUGAGUACGAGCGACUGGACUUUGAGCAUAUCAUGUCGCACCCGUCGACGUCCCUUGCAAACGCAUAUAUUAUCCGCAAGGCUCUGAUCCGCAAACAUUACUUGUCCAAUACGGUGGCCAAUUGGAUUUCCAAACAUCCAGAGAGUAUCCUGCGAAACCACUUCAAGCCUGCGUUUGAUUUUGAACUCGACUACUCCGAGUUCCUCGAUGAAGCUCUUCUGGAAGCUUACGAGUUACGUGAGAGUCUGGAGAAGAAUGAGGAGCGGCCAGACUCUGAGAAGGAAUGGUGGAUCCUGAAGCCUGGCAUGAGUGAUCGCGGCCAAGGUAUUCGACUGUUCAGCACCGAGGACCAACUACGCGAGAUCUUCGAAGAAUGGGACGAAGAAUCCGACGUUGAAGACGAGAGCGACUCUGAGACAAAUGCUCCUCAAAAUGCGCCUCCCGCUGCACACGACGAUGGCGUUGUUACCUCCCAGCUCCGCCACUUCAUGGCCCAGCCAUACAUUGACCCCCCACUCCUCCUACCCUCCUCCUCGCACCGCAAAUUUCAUAUCCGCACGUAUGUCCUCGCGACUGGUGCUCUGAAAGUCUACGUCUUCAAAGAGAUGCUCGCCCUCUUCGCUGCCAAGUCCUACUGUGCACCUCACGAAGAGGAAGACGAAGUCCAAGACCUGGCCCGCCACCUGACAAAUACCUGCUUCCAAGAAGGCGGCAGCUCCAACGAGGGCAGCGUGCGUCGCUUCUGGGAUUUGGAUCAUCACGUCCCUGGCCUCGCAGCAGACUGGAAGGAAAAGGUCUUUGAGCAGAUCUGCGCGGUGACAGGUGAAGUCUUUGAAGCUGCGGCGCGAGGCAUGAUGGUGCAUUUCCAGACGCUGCCGAACGCGUUUGAGUUGUUUGGUGUUGAUUUCUUGGUGGAUGCGGAUGGGAAUGCGUGGUUGUUGGAGUUGAAUGCGUUCCCUGAUUUUGCGCAGACCGGUGAGGAUCUGAAGGAGGUUGUUGUUGGACGGUUGUUUGAGGAGACGAUUGAUGUUGCUGUGAAGCCGUUUUUUGGGCUGGGUAGGGACGAUGGGAAGGGGAACAUGAAGUUGGUUGCUGAUUUGGAUUUGGGGAGGCAUGCAUAG